CCAAUUCCCACAAUUCCUCCAAGAGUCCACACUCCACUCGCAGGACUCAGGAUGAGGGCACUGCAAAGUAUACUGUCAUGCCCUUUAAAUUUACAGUGUGGUCACUCCUUCCACCCUCAGGCCCUCUCUCCGAAACCCCAGAUUCCUGUUCUUCUUCCACCUACCCAAUACCCGCCUCUUCAAAACUCGAUUCCUUCUCGAGUUCCUUGCAGACCCACUUCCUCCUUUUCGUUUGGCUCUCUGAUAAAAUCAUCUAUGGCUUCUUCUGCAACACCAGACACUGACGCACAGGCAGCGACCAAACCCUUCUCUGUGCUCUUUGUUUGCUUGGGCAACAUUUGUAGAAGCCCAGCUGCUGAAGGAGUCUUCACAGACUUGGUCAAGAAAAGGGGUUUGGAUUCCAAGUUUAACAUUGAUUCUGCUGGCACCAUUGACUACCAUGAGGGAAAUCAAGCUGACCCAAGAAUGAGGGCGGCCUCCAAAAGGCGUGGGGUUGAGAUAAUAUCUAUAUCAAGGCCCAUCCGGCCGUCUGAUUUUAGAGAUUUCGAUCUGAUUCUUGCAAUGGACAGGCAAAACAGAGAGGAUAUAUUGGAGGCCUUUAAUAGGUGGAAAUUUAGAGAAACCCUGCCCGCUGAUGCACACAAAAAGGUGAAGUUGAUGUGCUCCUAUUGCAAGGAACAUGAUGAAACUGAAGUCCCAGAUCCUUACUAUGGUGGACCACAAGGUUUUGAGAAGGGUUAGAGAAGGUUCCCAAAGAGUGUGACUAGUCUAGAUGGUUCGUUUGAAAGUCAUAACUACGGUAUUUGAGCCUGGCUUAAGAAAUCCUGUUCUGUCAUCUUGUCAGCUCCCGUAGAUGCAUGAGGGUAUGGUUGACGAUCGAGUUUGUAAUUACGGUUGCAGGUUGCAGUUGUUGGAAAGCUGGACACAACAUUUUCUAUGUUUCAAUUUGUGACCGCUUUCCACCUCAUGUGCAUCAAUUCACUUAUAAUGGCUACUUAAUGCCAUGAAUUCUACCAACUUGCCGGUUACUGGGAUUUUUUCUAUUGUCUGUCCUUGUUGGGUGUCUAAUUGUCUUGCAAGAAUACAUGAGCUCCUUGAUUGAGUUGAAACAAAAUUCUAAGAUACCAUCAAAAUGGUCUCUAGCCAAAGAAUUU